CAGGUUUGCGUGUGUACGAAGAACAGGAGGAAAGGGUUUCAGAGUGGCGUUUCUUAGAGGUUCUCCGUCUAGUCCUGUUCUCAUACUUCCGAUCCCGUUGUCACAGACCUGAUUUUGUCCAAGUAGCAGAGAAGUCGCAACACCAUCUACUGUUUCCCCCCAUUAGUAAUACACCACACCCACACACCCGUUCUACACAUCUCUUGACCGACAGUUAAUUGAUUUAAUACUAGUCAAGCCGAUCACCGUGUAACUGUUCCUGACUCCCGAUAUUACCACAAAUCUAUUAUUCUUCACACACUAAAGCAGGAAAGAUAAUCCACACACAAUGCUCUCAUUCCAAAGAAGUAUAAAAACCAUUUCGACCAAGAGAUUUUUCUCUAGCACGCCUUCCAGCAGACAGGUCAUCAACCAGUUCAACAACUUGAACGGUAAGGAGGCGGCUUCCGCCAUGGCAAAGGACUACCACGUCAUUGACCACGAGUACGACUGUGUCGUGAUCGGUGCCGGUGGUGCAGGUCUCAGAGCCGCCUUUGGUUUGGUCAAGGAGGGCUUCAAGGUGGCCUGUAUCUCCAAGUUGUUCCCAACGAGAUCGCACACUGUUGCUGCCCAGGGUGGUAUCAACGCCGCUCUCGGUAACAUGCAUGCCGACGACUGGCACUGGCACAUGUACGAUACCGUCAAGGGUUCCGAUUGGUUAGGAGACCAGGACGCUAUCCACUACAUGACCAGAGAGGCGCCACCUUCCAUUAUCGAAUUGGAACAUUACGGUCUUCCUUUCUCCAGAACCAAGGAGGGUAAGAUCUAUCAAAGAGCCUUCGGUGGUCAAACCAAGGACUACGGUAAGGGUGGCCAAGCAUACAGAACCUGUGCCGUUGCCGACAGAACCGGUCACGCCCUUCUCCACACCCUUUACGGUCAAUCCUUGAGAUACGAUACCCAUUACUUCAUUGAGUUCUUUGCGCUGGACUUGUUGAAGCACAAUGACGAGAUCGUCGGUUGUAUCGCCUACAACCAAGAAGAUGGUACCUUGCACAGAUUCAAGGCCCACAAAACUAUCAUUGCCACCGGUGGUUCCGGUAGAGCCUACUUCUCCUGUACAUCUGCUCACACCUGUACUGGUGACGGUACCGCAAUGGUGUCCAGAGCAGGUUAUCCUCUGGAAGAUAUGGAAUUCGUCCAGUUCCAUCCUUCCGGUAUCUACGGUUCCGGUUGUUUGAUCACUGAAGGUGCCAGAGGUGAAGGUGGUUACUUGAUCAACUCUGAGGGUGAGAGAUUCAUGGAAAGAUACGCACCUCACGCUAAGGACUUGGCUUGUAGAGAUGUUGUCUCUAGAGCCAUUACAAUGGAAAUCAACGCAGGUAGAGGUGUUGGUCCAUUGAAGGACCACAUGUUCUUGCAAUUGUCCCACUUACCAGCCUCCGUUUUGAAGGAAAGACUACCAGGUAUUUCCGAGACCGCCAGAAUUUUCGCCGGUGUCGAUGUCACCAAGGAACCAAUUCCAAUUAUCCCAACCGUCCACUACAACAUGGGUGGUAUUCCAACUAAAUGGACUGGUGAAUGUUUGACUGUCAACGAAAAGGGUGAAGAUGUUGUCAUUCCAGGUUUGUUUGCAUGUGGUGAAGCUGCUUGUGCUUCCGUCCACGGUGCUAACAGAUUGGGUGCUAACUCCUUGUUGGACUUGGUCGUCUUUGGUAGAGCUGUCGCUCACACUAUUGCAGGUGAAAUGAAGCCAGGCCAACCACAUAAGGAAUUGCCAGCUGACAUCGGUUUCGAAUCGAUUGAGAACUUGGACAGAUUAAGAAACGCCGAGGGUGAUAUCACAACUGCUGACUUGAGAUUGGAAAUGCAAAAGGCAAUGCAAAAGCACGUUGCUGUUUUCAGAACCCAAGACAACAUGGAUGCCGGUGUCGCUGAAUUGGAAAAGAUCGACAACAAAUUCAUGAACAUCAAGACUUCCGACAGAUCAAUGAUCUGGAACACUGAUUUGACCGAAACCUUAGAAUUACAAAACUUGUUAACCUGUGCUAGACAAAUUGCUAAUUCUGCCGCCGCAAGAAAAGAAUCAAGAGGUGCACACGCAAGAGAUGACUACCCUGAAAGAGAUGACAAGAACUGGCAAAAGCACACAUUAUCAUGGCAAACCAAGACAGCUUCUCCAGUUAAACUUGGUUACAGACACGUUAUCACCCACACGUUGGAUGAAAACGAGUGUAAACCAGUUCCACCAGCUGUCAGAGCUUAUUAAGGGGAGAUGUGUUGCUUUAAAUAAAUUAACUACCAUUUAUUUAUCAUCAUCAUUAAAUUUAUUUAUUUUAUUAGGCUAAAUUCUCUCACGAUAUUUAUUUCUUGAAAACCUAUUCCAUCUUACUAAUUCCAUCAUGAUUUCAUAUUUUUCUUCUUGUUUCCUUAUAUAUCACAUACUAUUUUAUCUUACUAUAAUUCUGUUUAUUUCACCAUUUUAUAAAUAUCUAUUCAACUUACUUGUAUGCUUAUCCAGCUGCUUAUGGAGUCUUUAUUAUGCUCAUAAUCCCAAUCAACAAAGUUUCCGC